AUGGCUGCUCGACCAACUGCUGUCCAGGCAACUGCUCGUGCGCUCAAGCGCACCGUCCAACCAACGGCCCGCGCCGCCGUCGCCACCGCCUCCUCCUCCGUCCGCAUCCUCGCUUCGGACCGUCGUUACCUCCCCUCGUCGAGCUCUGCGUCGCUUGCGCACGCUCGUGCAUUCUCGACCACCCCUGCACGCUCCGCAGAGCGACCCGCGCGCCGGCCCGACUUCAAGAAGCUCGACGCAGACGACGUCGCCUACUUCAAGUCGGUCCUCUCGUCGCCCUCGUCGCUCGUGACGACCAUCCCUUCGCCCGACGGUUCCUGGCAGGCGGCGAGCGAAGACGAUUUGGUCGGGUACAAUGUCGACUGGAUGGACAAGUACAAGGGCAACUCGCCUGUCCUCCUCAAGCCAAAGACGACCGACGAGGUCUCGAAGAUCCUGGCGUACUGCUACAAGAAGCGGAUUGCGGUCGUCCCGCAGGGUGGAAACACCGGUCUCGUCGGCGGAGGCGUUCCCCUCUACGACGAGCUCAUCCUUUCGACCGAGGGCAUGAACCAGGUUCGCGCCUUUGACGACGUCUCCGGCAUCUUGACCGCCGACGCCGGCUGCAUCCUCGAGAACCUCUCGAACUUCCUCCACCCGAAAGGCUACAUGAUGCCGCUCGACCUCGGCGCAAAGGGCUCAUGCCACAUCGGCGGCAACGUCGCGACGAACGCCGGCGGCUUGCGCCUCUUGCGGUAUGGCAGUCUGCAUGGGACGGUGUUGGGUAUCGAGGCAGUCUUGCCAGAUGAGAAGGGGACGGUCUUGAGUGUGAACAUGCCGGGAGGUGGUGGAGCGGGCGCGCUGAGGAAGGACAACACCGGCUACGACCUCAAGCAGCUCUUCAUCGGUUCAGAGGGCACGCUCGGCGUCAUCACCGGCGUCUCCAUCCUCACUCCUCGGCUACCCAGCGCCAUCAACGUUGCCGUCCUCUCCGUUCCCGACUUCAAGUCCGUCCAAACGGUCUUCAAGGAGACGCGCGCACAGCUCGGCGAGAUCCUCUCUGCAUUCGAGUUCUUUGACCAGGAGGGACUCGAGAUGGUCCUCCACCACACGGGCGCCAAGUCGCCUUUCGAGACGGAGCCUGAGAACGGACGGGCGUUCUAUGUCCUGAUCGAGACGAGCGGGAGCAACAAGGACCACGACGACGAGAAACUCGGUGGCCUGCUCGAAUCGCUUCUCGAGAACGAGACCAUCACCGACGGCACCCUUGCACAAGACGAGACCCAAGUUCAGUCGCUCUGGUCGCUGCGCGAGUCGCUCCCCGAGGCGGCGGGCAAGAUGGGCCGCGUGUACAAGUACGACUUGUCCAUGCCGGUCAAGGACAUGUACUCGCUUGUCGAGGAGGCGAGGGAGCGGUUCAAGGAGAAGGGGCUGGACAAGGACGGGAGCAUCAAGACGACGGUCGGGUACGGCCACAUCGGUGACGGCAACCUGCACAUCAACAUCGUCGCGAAGGACUGGGACGAGAAGGUCGAGAAAGUGAUUGAGCCGUGGAUCUACGAGGCGACCUCCAAGCGCAAUGGUUCUAUCUCAGCUGAACAUGGAGUGGGGAUUAUGAAGGCGAAUAUGCUGGAAUACUCGAAGACGGAAGCCGCCAUCGGCGUCAUGCAGCAGAUCCGCCGCCUCUUCGACCCGAGGGGCAUCCUCAUGCCGUCGAAGUACCUGCCGAUGGAGAGCGAGGCGCCAUUCGAGCAGGAGAAGAAGGAGCACGUCGGUGCGGAGCAGUAG